AUGUCGACCGAGGCGAUGCAAGAGCGUCUCGAUGAGAUUCUGGCGAGCGACGAGUGUGCUAUCGAAGCUAACGAAACGUGCAAGGCUGUUCUACUGGAAACGUCCAAGAUGAUGCUGGCUAACUACACCAACGUGACUUCUGUCACAGAUGGUGACGUCGCGAAGCUCGUGACUGAAAUCGCCGCUGCUGUUGACGAGACUCGCGAUCUGUACUUCGUUCUGAUUGAAUUGGGUCACAUUAUUAGUGCGCCUGCCUGGAUUGGCUGGACGACCGUGGGUCACGUUGGAACGGAUGUGAACUUGUAUUGCAAGGGUCCGAUGAUCUUCGAACGCAUGUGCAAGGGUGUGCACGAAAACGUUUACCUGAACAAGCUGAUGACGACGUUCUUGGGUCUGGAACACCAGCAGGAGCUGGAGACGAUGAAGCACCGCAACAUUUCGGUGCUGGAGGACCCUCUUGCGUUUUGAGCUGGUCGAGGAUCCCAAUCAACAAAAGUAAUGGUAGAGAUCGUAUCGAACUUUGAUAUCCAAUCCGAUUCUAAUCGAAAUACUUACAAGUUAUAGUGCCGACUUGUGCCCACGCACCUGGGGAUCUUGUUCCAGCUACAGAAUUAAUGUCAGUCUGUACUGCAGACUCUGCAGC